AUGGCCGUAGAAAGUGAUCGUGUCAGUGAAAAUCAACUCGGGCAUUCUGAAGAGGAGAUGGUACGAUUGGGGAUUAGGGUUUAUCUCGUAAGCAGAAAACAAGUCGAUGAGAUCGGAAAGAAGGAACCAGAAGGUAUUGAUCAUUUGUUCAUUCAUUGUCCAGAAGUGAUAAGAUGCUGGAAGCUAUUGGGAAUUCAUUGGGAAUUGUCGCAUAGUAGCCAUGCAAACAUCCAAACAUGGUGGGAAGAAGUGUGUACAAGCAGCAGAUAUCACCUUAUGCAGGAUAGAAUCACUUUGUCUGUGUGUCUACUGUGGAGAAUCUGGAAGUCAAGGAACAACAUGCAGUUCAAUCAAAUCAAAUUUGAAGCAGUAGAAGUAAAGCUGCAGCAAUCCAGCACAGCAAACUCAGAACUCAUCCAGAUACUACAUAGGCUUUUGAAGAGAAUUUUCCAGGGAAUUAGGGGCAUUGUAGGGACUGGAGGAGUGGCUUCUGAUAGGGAAGGGAUUUUGAAUUUGUGGCAAAAGUGUUGGGACAACAUGAACCAUGACACCACAGCUUCUCUCCUUGCUAAGGUUGGAAAAAAAGUGAUCUGUUUUAUGGAUUCUCAUAAGUUGGCUGUUGAAAUUGCAGAAGCUUUGGGAGUCAGACCUUUUGCAUUUGCUAUGUUGGAGGAGUUGUCUCAACUUGUAUCUAGAUUUGAUGAUUGUAUUUUUCUAGCUUCUUCUUGUUCUUCUUUUCCUAGUUAUGAUUUAGCCUUGAUGGCCUUAGAGGGUGAACAGUGA